GAAAUCUCACUCGCGGUGUCGAAGUUCAGAGGUCGGGUAAAGUUCGUGUAUUCAGUUGGGUUGAUUCCCUCAGCAUAAGCAAUGGCUUCCUUAAGUUGGUUAACGUGCAGGCGGUUUGCUCAGGUCGCGCGGCGGCCGUUGCUGCAGUAUUUGAGGGCUGCAGCGCGUGCACUUCACCGGGGGAGCGCGCGGCGCGCGGCGGAGAAAACCCCGCUGAACAAAUCACGAGCGCUGGAGCAACAGUACAUCACUGAACUAGAUAAAGCUGAUGCGCUGAUGCUGCGGAAGUCUCAUGAAACAGGGUUUUUGUCUUGGUUCCGGAACGGUCUCCUAUCAACAGGAAUCGGCGUUAUUGCGUUUGCACAGAGUGAUGUGGGCCGAGAGGCUGGAUAUGUGUUCUUCAUCCUGGGCGGAGUGUGUGUGUCGUUCGGCGGAGCGUCGUACGUGACCAGUCUCUUGACUCUGAGGAGGAUCAUGCUCCUCUCGCGGGUGACCGUGCUGCUCCACGCGGGCCUGGUGUCCGCCGCCGCCCUCUUCUGGCUGUGCGCGGUAUCGCUCUACAUCGGCCGCCUGGAGUUGGAGAUCAUUCAUGAAGAGGAUGAGGAAGAGCACGGGGGAGAUGAAGGCGGGGAGUGCACAGAGUGCAGGUCUCGACGCGAGAGACGCUCCGCUGAAGGCCAAGACAAGUGAGAUAAGAGGAGACUUUGAGUUAAAAUGGCCUUUUCACUGACCCAGAGAUCUGUGUUCACGAGCUGUUUUAAGAGGGAAGGUGAAGCCGGGUU